AUGGUCCAGGAGCUGCGGCAGCUGGCAGAGAAGAUGAAGCGCCGCAAGGAUCUGAAGCAGCAGCAGCAGCAGCAGCAGCAGCAGCAGCAAAGCAAGGAGCAGGAAGCUGCCAACGGACCUUCUGCCUCCUUUGGAAAGAAGCGGGACGAAGCAGAUGGAGGCAUGGGGAUGUUAGCGACCAAGAGCAGCGAAGGGGGCGCCAGCAAAUCAGGUAGCAGCAGUCCGCAGCAACAGCAGCAGCAACAGCAGCAGCAGCAACAGCAGCAGCAGCAGCAGCAGCAGCAGCAGCAGCAGCAGCAGCAGCAGCAGCAGCAAACCGCCGACCGGGGUCGGCUACCGAUGCGGCCGCCAAGUGCCGGGCCCAUGCAGCCCCAGGGUACGGGCGCUGGCGACGGCGGCCUGAAUGUGACUCGCAUCCCGACGGCCCUCAGUGCGGUCGCUGCAGGGGAGGCGGUUGUGGCAGCGCGAGCUGUCUUUGCCACGGCGGCCCUCAGCCUGGCGUUCGCGGCAACGGGUAACCUGGCAGCCAGCCUGUCAGGUUCACUGGCGAGUGCGGCGGUCUUCUCCCUGUGUUCCCGCUACCGCCUGGAGGUGUUCCGGCAGGAGCGAGCGGCUGCAGACAAGCAGCUUGAAGCGCUCAAGGAGAUGGCGCGGCGCUUCAAAAUUGAGACCGACCGCCUGCAGGCGCGCGAGAUGGAGCUGGACAGGCUGGACGGCAGUGAGAGCAGCAGCACGGCGGCUCCCGGGCGCGUGCUGGCCGACAGGACCACAUACAGCUCUGCCCUGCAAGCGGACCCGGACCUCGCGGCCGCCGUCCGCGCCGCGACGCACCGCGCCAAGGAGGGCCUGCUGGGUGCCUGCGACUUCGCCGUGAUAUUCGUGGCGGGCCGCUUCUUGGAUAAGCCGGUGGACGGGCGGCGGACUGCGGAGGACGACGCGGCGCGGCUCCUUGUGCAGGCGCUGGGGUUGGAGGUUGCAGUGGUGGGCUGCUGGGCUGAGGGGGUGAUGGGUGUGGACGCCCACGGGCAGCCGUCGGAUUUCGAGGCAUGGGGCCGGGAGCGCCGCGGACGGAUAUCGGGCGCCGUGACGGUCGUGCUCGGCCGCAUGCCCGGCGCCGUCGCCAUGACGUUCGCAGGCUCCCAGCCGCCCAAACCCCGGGGCUUCCACUCCAAGAUGCCGCUGCCGCUGUCGGCGACGCCCUUCCCCCAGCUGGAGGAGCAGCUCGCUUUCGGCGCCUACAUGCUCACGGCGCAGCGGCAGGCCGCCGCCGCGCGGCGGCGGCAGCAGCAGGAGUGGCGGCGGCAGGAGCUCGAGCGGCAUCGGGCAGCUGGAGGGGCGGCAGAGGCGGCGGCGGAGCUGCCUGGCAGCGGGGCGGCGGCAGGGGACAGUGAAAAGACCAGGCAGGGCGGCGGUGGCGGUGGUGGCAGCAGCGACGAUGGAAUGGAGGUCGACGCGGCGGUUGUCAUGGACGCGGCAGCCGCCGCAGCAGCAGCUGCAGCAGGGGGCGCGGAGAAGAGUGACGCAGCCGCGCAGCACCAGCAAGGACAACAGCAGCCACAGGAGCCAGACAGCCUGCGGCCAGAGCUGGUCCUGUUGUUUGUGAAUCCAACGCAGACGGGGGUCGAGGUUGCUGAUAUGGCCUUGGACUGGAUCGCCGAGCACCUGGUGAAGGGCAGCUUCGCAAUCGGCGUCGCAUGA